AUGGAUGGGAAGUGUGACGAUGACAUGGACAACGACGCCAUCGGCGCGCUUGCCCUGCAAUUCAAGUGCGCGCACAGGCACCUCGAGUUUUUCAUGAGCCUACAGGCGCUGAUGCAGGCUUACUCACCGAAGGACCACAAGCUGAUCCUCGCAUUGCUCUCGCGUGUGCUGCGAGGACGCUCGAGCGGCUCUCUGGAAAACCAUUCGCGGCGGGCGGAGGAUAAUUGGGAGAAGGGCAACAUCAGGAGCAACAUCAUGACGGACGGCAUUCUACAGCUACAACUCAACUCGAAGGUCCGCUUACAAAACAGCGAGCUCAAGCUUUUCCUCCAAAAGGAUCGCGCGUCGAAGGAUAAGCAGGCGACACACCAAGCUAGUAGUAUUACCGACACUUUUGAGUCCACCGAUAUCCGAAACUACUGUGUUGCCAAUUAA